AUCGCAGGUUUUGACAUUGCUAGAACGUAUACCCUCUAUAUCCAGAUUUCUGAACUAUAUCGAAUGUUGUCGCACACGUCACAUCUCUGCUCAAGUAGCGCGUCGACGUCGAAAUAAAACUUGGACCAUGAAAAUCGGCUUAUUAGCCAUCUCCCUAUUCAUCCCUAGUAGAUAUCUAAUUUAUUAAAGAAGCAGAGCUACAAAUUUUAUUUUAACAAAAAAAGAGUAUCACACACAUUAGCUAUCUACAGUGAGGUUGAUAAAUCGGAGUGCACGUGUUUCUAAUAAGAUACACAAAACGUUUUCAACAUUAUGGAACCUUUGAAGGAAAUAUCUCAAUUUUUGGAUUUAAAAACUCGUUUAGACUUAAAGGCCGUUGCAUUACAACAUGUUCUAAGUACUACUGGUAGUCUCGAAGGAAGAGAAAUAUUAUUAGGAAUACCAGAAAUUCUUCGUCAAUUGGUUCUACUUGCGCAAGAUAGUGUUGUUGCAGUAGCUAAAGAUGCAGCAUUAUCGUUGGUGAAUAUAUCUGCUGAUGAACCAGGAGCCAGUGCUUUGUUAGUUAUAUCAGAAACUUCAAAACCAAGUGUUAAUGAGAAGCCUAGCGAUAACUUAAUAGAUGUUAGCCUCAGGUAUAUCAUGGAUAAGGAGAGUACAUUGGCAGAUCCUUUUUGUAUGAUUAUGUCUAAUAUGUCACGUUCUCAUGGUCUUGUCGAUAGAAUCAUCCACCUGAUUGAAAAAAGUAAUUACACUUGGGAUGCUUUAGUUGCAGCAUUUACUGCACAAAAAUAUAACAAUAAAGGUGCUAAUCUUCAUUACUUGGGACCAGUCUUCAGCAAUCUCUCUCAGUCACCCUCAGUGAGAAAAUAUUUAAUGGAUAAAGAACGUUGUGCAAUCCAGAGGUUACUUCCAUUCACAGAAUAUGCAGAGAGUAUAGUAAGACGCGGUGGUAUAGUGGGAACAUUAAAAAAUUGUUGCUUUGAUGAGGAAUAUCACGAGUGGCUACUCAGUGAUAAGAUUGACAUUUUAUCACAUUUAUUACUGCCUCUUGCUGGACCUGAAGAGUUUGAUGAAGAGGAACAAGACAAACUACCUGUAGAUUUACAAUUCCUGCCAGAAAAUAAGGAACGGGAACGUGAUUCUGACAUAAGACUUAUGCUUCUGGAGGCCUUAGCACAGCUAUGCGUAACGCGGAGAGGUCGUGAAAUACUCAGAGAUAAAAAUGCUUAUGUAAUACUGAGAGAAUUUCAUAAAUGGGAAAAGGACAAGAAUGUUUUACUAGCUUGUGAAAAUGUUGUUGACAUAUUAAUACGAACUGAAGAAGAAAUUGGAUUGGACAAUUUGAAAGAGGUAGAGGUACCAAAAAAAUAUCAUGAUCAUUUCCAAAAAAUGGAUCAAGACUUUAUCAACGACACAUGACGCGUCGUAAAUAUAAUAUAAUCAGUGUAAAAUUUAUAUAUGUGAGACUAUAUCUGUAAAUAAAUGUACUAAUAAGAAACUUA